AUGCCUGGUAGUCCCUCUACACAACCAGGCUCGCCUAUCUUAGUGCGUCCUCCGGUGGCGCCUAUGCCAUCGUCACCCCCCGUGAAUCGCCCGCCACCGACGGCGACUGGAAGUAUGAUCCGACCAGUGAUGGCAGGUCCCUCAUCACCUCCCCAGCGGCCCAUGGUGCGGCCUGAGCGCCCUGCCUUUCUAGGCAGCCCCCCUAUUUCUCCGACACUGCCACAAGGUGUACGACCCACGUUGGGCCGACCAGCCAUGCCGAUGGGCAUGCCUCAGCGGCCGGCAGUUCCACCAUCGUUUUCGUCCUUAUCAAGUUCCACAGAAGGAAGACCAGUGAAUGGAUCGCUGUCACCAUCAGCUUCCUCGCCUGUGCUACUGAACAAGGACGGUCCAAGUGGCAACACGCCAGGAGUUAGUCUGCUGCCAACAGCGAAAAGUGGACCUCUGCACCAGUUGAUCCGACCAGCUACAGAGACAAAAUCGGACAUGCCGUCGUCUCCAUCGGCCACACCGAUCGUACGUCCGGUACCGCGGCCUGCCGACUCGCCUAAAGCGUCCACGUCAGAUCCGUCCAUGCCGAUGUCGGCGUCAUCACCGACUGUCUCGGGCAGCAAUGGACGGCCUGCGCCGCCCUCGUCGUCGGAGAAACCGACAGGAUCACAAUCGCUGAAGGACCUUAAGCCUUUGCAAACCAAGGAUCUUUAUGAGACAUCCUCACCGAUCAUGUCACCGCUCAACUCGCCGCCUAUGAAUUUGUACCGGGAGCGCUUAGCCAGUAUCCAUCCACAAAUUCCAGACCCUCUUUCUGGUGAUACAAGUAUCACAGGCUCUAUGCGAGAGACAUCGUCUAUGAGGCAAGGAUUCUCGACCGCCGCGGGUGGCACAGGAAAUGCACCGGUGCCUGCGUCCAUGGAUCGUACGUCCUCCUCGACGUUCCAGACACCAAGUGACGAUGGACCUUUGCUGGACCACCGCCAUUUGCAGCCAGGUGAGACAGUCUCGCUGCUCAGCCACAAGAAGACGCUGGAUAUGUACCGUGAAAAUGCAAAGAAGACCAAUGAUCCACAGCUAAAUUAUGAACUCGCUGUGUUUAUGCUGGAUGUGGGACGUACACUCGAGUACGAAGAUGAGGCCUUUUCGCAUGGACAAGAUCCCAUGGAAGAGCGUGAGGCGCUCAUUAAAGAAGCUGUGUCACUUUUGCGUCGCCUUGCUGAUCGUGGUCACAUUGAGAGCCAGUAUCUGGUAGCAGACUGCUACAUCAAUGGCUUUGGCACGUCGAAGGGCAAGCCUGACCUUGGUCAGGCGUUUGCCUACUUUUCCCAGGCUGGCAAGCGUGGCCACCCCGAUGCUGCGUAUCGCACAGGCACGUGCUACGAAAAGGGCUGGGGUUGCCGUCGCGAAGCCAGCAAGGCUGUGCAGUUUUAUAAGACGGCGGCGACGCGUGGCCACCCUGGUGCGCAGUACCGUCUGGGCACAGCGGAACUCAAUGGCGAGCUGGGCCUUAAGCGCAGUGGUCGCGAGGGUGUCAAGUGGCUGAAGCGUAGCGCGGAGAAUGCGACGCCCGAGUUUCCUCAUGCACUGCACGAGCUAGCUCUGCUUCAUGAGAAAGGUGUGCACAAUGUGCUCUUCCCGGAUCCAGAGUACAGUUGUGAGUUAUUGGCCAAGGCUGUGGAGAUGGGGUAUGCGCCUAGUGCCUACAAACUCGGUGUGAACUAUGAGUAUGGACGAAUGGGCUGCCCCCAGGACAGUGGUCUGAGCAUCCACAUGUACAACAUCGCAGCGCAGCAGAACCACAAGGAGGCAUGCUUUGCCCUGACAGCCUGGUACCUUGUUGGCGCUCCAGGCAUUCUACCACAGAGUGAUACCGAGGCGUACCUGUGGGCGAGGCGGGCGGCCGAGCAGGGUCUUGCGAAGGCCGAGUAUGCUUGUGGCUACUUUGCCGAAAAUGGUAUUGGCACGUCUAAGGACUUGGCGGAGGCGAAAGGAUGGUAUCAACGUGCGUUGGAGCAUGGUGACUCGCGUGCCAGCAGUCGUAUAUCUGCGUUGCAAGGCUACCAAGCGAAGCAGGUGGCUGGUGCGCCUGAAGAGAAGGGCAAGAGUGAUGCGCCCAGCGUAGUGCCUGUGCAGCCGCUCAGCGCGCCGUUCCCAGGUGCGACGCCCAGCAACUCGGCAUCGAACUCCCUGGGUGUGCUCAAGUACCCGACGCCCAAAUCGAUGCGUGAGACCCAGGCGUUCCAGCGUGAUUUGCACUACCAGGCCCUGGUCGCGGCGGCCACGGAACGUGAUAAGCCCAAGUCAAACCCUACCUCGCCCUUGUCCGCGCGCGCUCGUGCUUACCAGCCAGCCCAGAUUCCCAAAGUCAACGGCGUACCUAUCAGCAUGAUUGCUGCCGGUCCGCAGAAAGGUUUCCCUAAACCGCCGUCACCAGAACCGGAACCGGAACCCGAGCCUGAGCCGGAGCCUGAGAUGCCUGCUGAGGCCGAUGCUACCGCGCAGAAGAAGAAGUUUUUCCGCCGCGUGUUCCGCAAGGGCAAGAAGGCGAACAAGGAGGAGGUGCCUGAAGGCGAAGGAGCUGACAUGGAUGAGGCGGCCGCCGUUGCCGCUGCUGGUGAGACACUUCCGGAUGGCGCAGCUGACAAGCCAACGGAGCCUCGUGACAUGCCAAGCUCGCCUUCCCAAGGCCCUACACAGCCUGGUACGUCUGCAGUGGGCGCCUCCGGUACGCAACCACCGACGCCAGGCUUGGCUACAUCGCCAAGCUUGCCUGGUGGUGCAUCGCCCGAGCCGGAUCAAGCACAACCAGGCUCGGACAAUGCGCUUACCCUGAUGCCAGUUCGCCCUGGUGGGCCCACUGGCCAGGGACCGCCACCGCUGCAGCCUGGCCAACCCUUGGGACCGACCUCGGCGCAGGGUGGCGAGCGUGGUGCGCUGCCCGCCUCUGGGUCGAAUAUGUCGUUGGUUCGGCCCAGUCCGUCCAUGUCAGGAAUGCCUGGCACGCCCUCGGCAGGGGGUCCUCCACCUCUGGGUCAGAUUCCCUCACCACGACCUGGCAUGCCAAACUCGCCCUCGAUGGGCCAUGGAACAACGCCAGGCCAUCCUACCUUGGUCCUUCCUUCACCCAACCCCAGCAGCUCGACAGGCAGUCCUAUGGUCAGCGGUGCUUCACCACAGCCUGGCUCGCCGCAUCCUUCGGAAGCUAAUGUCAUGGUGGUCAACCCGCAGGGUACCAGUGCGGCACGUCCGGGUAUGCCGCCGCAAGGUCAGCCGGGUACGCCACCUCGUCCUGGCAUGCCACCACAGGGUCAGCCGGGUAUGCCUCCUAAGCCCGGUAUGCCGCCACGCCCUGGUAUGUCUCCUAGGCCCGGUAUGCCACCACAAGGCCAGCCGGGCAUGCCUCCUAGGCCCGGUAUGCCUCCACAGGGUCAGCCCGGUAUGCCACCACAAGGCCAGCCGGGCAUGCCUCCUAGGCCCGGUAUGCCUCCACAGGGUCAGCCUGGUAUGCCACCACGCCCUGGUAUGCCGCCGCAGGGUCAGCCUGGUAUGCCACCACGCCCUGGCAUGCCGCCGCAAGGCCAGCCUGGUAUGCCACCACGCCCUGGCAUGCCACCACAGGGUCAGCCGGGUAUGCCUCUUAGACCAGGUAUGCCGCCGCAAGGCCAGCCGGGUAUGCCGCCCCGACCUGGUAUGCCGCCGCAAGGUCAACCAGGAGCCUCUUCCACCUCGCAGCCUGACAUUAUGAUUAUCGGUCAUCCACCUACAUUACCUACGCCUGGUCGCCCUACUCCUACAGACAAUGGGCCGAAGCAGGAUGGUGCUAUGAACCCCAUUGGUCGCCCACCAGCAGCAGGCCAAGAACCGCCACGACCUGGCAUAUCAUCGCAACCUGGCCGACCCCCUAUGAACAUUUUGCCAAAUCCAUCGGCAACGCCAGGACCAGGCCAGCCCAGGCCCACAGAACACCCAGGUGUGCCGCCUCUGAGCUCGCAGAUGACAGGGCCAUCACCUCGACCUGGUCAGCAGCCUCCCUUGGGCCCGCAACCGACUGGCCAAGCACCACCCCGGCCUGGUAUGGCUCCACCACAAGGCCAGCCGGGUAUGCCGCCACGCCCUGGUAUGCCUCCUAGGCCUGGUAUGCCGCCACAAGGCCAGCCUGGCAUGCCGCCACGCCCUGGCAUGCCACCACAGGGUCAGCCGGGUAUGCCACCGCAAGGCCAGCCGGGUAUGCCUCCUAGACCAGGUAUGCCACCGCAAGGUCAACCAGGCGUGCCACCAUCAAGUCCCCAGGGUGGUCAACCGCCUCGACCGGGUCAACCGCCUCUGAGUCCCCAACUUACAGGCCAGGCGCCCCGACCCGGCAUGCCAAUGGGUAUGUCGCCUCGACCUGGUCAGCCUCCAUUGAGUCCACAACCAGCAGGCCAGCCACCAAGGCCUGGCAUGCCGCCGCGUCCAGACAUGCCACCGCAAGUCCAGCCGGGUAUGCCGCCGCGUCCAGGCAUGCCACCGCAAGGCCAGCCUGGUAUGCCGCCACGCCCUGGUAUGCCUCCCAGGCCCGGUAUGCCACCGCGCCCAGGUAUGCAACCUUCUAAUCCGCCAUUCCAGGGCCGACCAAUGAGCCCUGUACAGCCGCAGCCGUUGAGCCCAAAUCAAAGUUCAUCGCCUAUCAUGGUACAGGGUGGUAUGCAACCUGGUCGUCCGAUGAUGGCACAGACAGCUAUGCCUAUGUCCAUUCGACCAGGUAGUGGGCCAGCUCGUCCACCGAUGACUAUGCCGCCACGCCCAUCAUUUUCUAUGGGUGUACGCCCACCUCCUGGGGCAGCAAGCAUGAUGGGCCAAGGAGCUACACGGCCGGAUGCAUCAGCAAACCCAGACGAUCUACCUCCCCCGCCUAAGAUGCCAGUGUCUGGAUCGGGCAGCUCCAUCAAGUCAUUCGAUUCUGGUGACGUCGAGGAAUGGGAAGAUGCCGAAAGUGGUGAACCUACACGGAACCAUGGUCAUGAUGCGGCUCGUGAUGCAGACCAAGUUGGUGGCCAGGAUGGGCGCAAAAAAUGGUUCGGAUUCAUGUAA